AUGCCUAAUCACGGUACAGACGUUGGCAUCCCCGGAGGUGCGCAUAACAAUCCAUACAUGUCCGAUGGGCCUAGUGAAGCCGCAAUUUCUCCCGUCUCCUGGAGAGGUGGGAUGAACAAGGCAAACGGAGACUUCCCCGCAGGUUGGUGGGCUGCAAGUUCCAAUCCUCGAGAGGCCCGAUCUGCCCCCUAUCCACCGCGUGCUUUUACCCCUUGGUCAGAAGUGACAGAAACGAGAAUCGAGCCAACAAUGACUGUACCGGUUCAGAAUGCGUCCCAUUUACGAACAGCAAAUCCACUAGUUCAACCGAGUGCUCGGGGACAGUUCAAUUUCGAACAUGCUGGUGAUCUUAGCCGGAGCACAACCGGACACGUCCCGGGUCUGUAUCCACAACUGGGUGGUUGUUUGACCAGCGGGGAGGAACCGACCACCACGACCACGACUACCAGUUCAAAUGGGAAGAAUGCGCUCGCACAUGAAAUGAGUCAACGCAUGCGAUCCAAAGUGCGCAUGGCCGCCCGUGUAUCUCAGUUGAACAUGUUUAAUCUGCGAUCCAGACGACGCAAAACGACGCGGAUGCAUGAGUCCACACGUGGACGUCCGAAACGAAGGCGGAACACGCGCACAUCCAGUGUCACGAUUGGUUCCACCACGGUUAUGGGCGGUCCGAAAUUCUCCGUGACCCCCGGCGAGGGUUAUCACAAUAUGAAUGUGAUCACGGACAGCUUUGAAUUCGAUGAACUUGGAUCACUGGAUAACGAUGACUUUCUGUGCAGUUUAGAAAAAGCCGUUUAUCCCGGAUUGGAAGGAUCUCAGCUUUCUUCAUCUGUCAACUCCCAAGCUCAACGAUUCCAAUACCCGUCCGCCAAUGAUGGUCAUUUUCGCUCCUUGGGUAUCCCACCAAAUAUAGUUUAUCCCAUGUCUGAUUUUCAAAGUUUGGCAACAGCCGAUUUAAGUCUGGGCAAUGGAUCUAACUCCACAAUGGCUUGGCGUCCACUGCCACCAGAUUUGGAAAAUUCCAAUAGUACCCGGUCCUCUCAGCCAAAUGGUUUCCGCUUCCCCACUCCUGGUCCCCCAGUCUUUGGUUGGGCUCAUCAGUUAGCUGAAAUCAGCAGACAAUCUGAAACGCAAUCGACACAAGAAACAGGUAAUGCGUCUGACGCAACUCGUUCUCCGCCAUCAGCACCCCCAGCGCCACGCGUCGAACCGUCAGCUCCAAUAGCACCGGUAAUCCAACCUCCACCGGAUGUUAGUUCACCACCAAGUCGUCUGCCUUCUAUUACACCCCUCCAAACCGCAGCUUCAAUGUCCGCUGCGAUACCGCGAAGACGAGCGCAAAAACGUGCCAAAACACGACAACAGUCGGAACCACGAGCGGCGGGAUCGCGAUUAGCCGGAGAUAUUGCGGAUCCGUUUGGAAAUAUAGAUUCAAGUGCUGGCUUUGACAGUACCCGCGCAGCGCCUAACCGAUCGAUAGCCCCGGUGAUUGUGCCCCGUGGGGUACCGGGUUUUUUCACCCCACACUCACGACCGGCACAACCGCAUCUGACCGCCUCUUUUACUCAACCCACCUCACCCGUCAAAGUGGGUACACCGAGCAGUCAGUUGAUUCCAAGUCCACUGACAUCCGACCCGUGGAACUCCGGGCCUAAACACCCGCUAGAUCGAUUUGAUCCACAUGAUUCGACGAAUCCCACCUCUGUCAAACAUGUUGGGGCUUUGACUGAUAAGAUAUGCGUAUACGGAAGACAGCCAUUGAUUACCUCAGGCAGUUCUUCCUCCGGAACUGGACGGGCUUCAGAUGGUAGUACAACCGCCAUGUUACCCGUGGUUCCAAAGGAGCGAAGUGUGUCAGCCUCACGACAUCCCCUUCUCCCAGAUGCGAUUCACCAGCAUCAUCAUCAUCAUCCUCAAAGCCAUUCACAGCAACAUUACCGAUCGCCAAGUUUUCCGGAUUUCUUUAUGAGUACCGGUCCCGAUAUUGGUCUCAACGGUCUGGUGAAUGACGAUUACAAGUUUCACGUGUCCCCCGGUGUAUUUUCCGCCUCACCUCAGCCAGUGUGGACAGAUAUGAGCCAGUCUGAUCAUCCGUAG